ACAGUUUUAGCAAAAAUGCCACGAAAAACAAGCAGUGUUGGCGAUUUAAAUAAUUGAAUAUGGACAAGAAACAACGUGAGCUGGAGGCGUUAGUGACAUCGCAAAAGGAGCAACUGACACGCUAUGAAAAGCGACUAAAAGAUGUUGUAACUGCCUACAAGGGUCUGCUGAAGGAAAAGGAGGCAUUGGAAACCAGUUUAGCCGCGCUCAGCAACAACAAAGACAUCGAUCAUGCAGAAGCAGCAAUUGCGAAUAAUUCAAAUAAGGAUACCGUGGACACAGCAGUUGAUGAUGGCGCCUCAGCGACAGAUCCUACAACCUCCAAUGAUGACAAAGGGCAAUUGCAAACACAGAUAAUAACGCUGAUGAACUCCUUGGCCACGCUUUCGGCCGAAAAGUCGCGUAUGGAGGCAUCCUUUCAAGCAGACAAAAAGCAGUUGCGAAGCCAAAUUGCGCAAAAGGAAAAAACCAUACAGGAACUGAAUGCCAAGGCCAAGGAGCAAGCACUGCGUAGCAAGGCCGAUGUGGAUGAGGUGAAAGCCAAGUGGAUCAUCGAGCGGCAGGAACGUGAAAAAGAGACCAACAAUCAAAUGCUCAUGAUACGUGAACUGCAAAAACUCUACGCCGAUGAGCGACACUUUAAAGAAAACAUUGAGAUGCAGCUGAAUAAUUUCAAAACGCAGUUUGCAAGCAACGAGGCAGAAAACAGCCGCUUGCGUGAGCUGCAGGCGCAACUCAAGGAAGCUCGUGCACAAUUAAAGCAAUUUCAGGUCCAAGCCGAUCAGACCUCAACCUCAUCCUCAUCGGACAGUGCAGCACUAUUGCAACAAGUCCGCCAGGAAAUGCAACAGCUAAAGGAGCAACAUGCUGUAGCUAUCAACCAGGAGCAACGACGGCUAUUACGUGCUGAGGAGCAGACUCGUAAGCAAGUUGCCCUUCAUGAGGACCGCGUGGCCAAUUUGGAAGCACGUCUUGCUGAGCUCAGCAGCACAGUGGGUAAUUACGAUCGUCUGCGACAGCAGGAUCAGGAUAGCAUACAUGCACUCAAACAGCAGCUUCAAGACCUGAACUUAACGACAACUAAUGCUACACCAGAGGCCAAGCCCUUUAAUGAUCACGACGUUGGGGCCUUGGUUGAAGAAAUUGUACGUCUAAAGAAGCUGCUUACUAGCGAGAAUGCACGUGCGACCAAUCCCUUGGAUUUGACCAAAGUUCUAGCUAUUGGCAAUGGCAGCGUUGAGAAUCAUGUGCAAUGUGAGCAGCAGCUGCAGGGUGUGCAGCAGGCACUGGAGGCCUCCGAAAUGGAACGUACUGUACUCAUUGAAAAAAUCAAUCUGCAAAAGACACAAAUACAAACGCUGCAGGACAAAGUGCAAGUACUGAAUCGUAAUAUUGACGAAGCUGAGCUUGAGCUUAAGCAACAAGGGGAUAAGUUGCGACAGGCCCUCAAUUACGAACGGGUAAAGUGGCAGGAAAAUCAAGCGGAAUUAGAAAAUGAAACUCGUUGCAAGUUGAACGAGCUGGAACAGCAGCUCCAAAAGCAACGUCAGCGCUCGCUCCAACUGCUCGACGAGAAGGAACAGGAGAUCAAGGCACUGCAAACAUCUUUCGAGAUAUUUCACAGUUCUGCCGUUACAAUUAAUCCGAGCGUCCCCAGUGCCGAGACCUAUGCAAACUCAUCGGAUGCCGAAAGCAUUGCAGGUGAACGCGAACGCGAUCGUAAGGUGCGGUCAAAGAAAUUGUCUCUAGGUGACAAUUGCCACAUGCUUCACUAUGCCAAUGAGCUGGCUCGAAAGGAAAUCGAAAUCACAGCACUCCGUAAGUCCAAAUAUGCCGCCGAAUCGUCGCUUCGCAAAGCCAUACAGGAGAAGGUGACGGCGCAGCAAGAGAUGCACGAGCAAAUCGAAUGUCUCGAGGAGCAGGUAGACAGACUGGAGCGGUGUAAGACACGUGAGGGCGCCAAUUUGGAAUAUUUAAAGAACGUUAUCAUUAGCUUCAUUGUUGCCAAGGAUGCGGAGGGCAAACGACACAUGUUAAACGCUAUUGGCGCCGUUUUGCAGCUAACCAAUGCAGAGUUACAAAUCAUUAAUGGGACAUUCCAAAAGAAAUAAAACCACACACACAGUGUUUACAAAAAUUAGCAUUAUUAGCUUUUUAAUUAUUAACGAAUAAAUACGAGAAAAAUUGUUUUAACAA